CAGUAGUAAUAAUUAAUUUCAAAAUACAUAUAUUUCAGCUAGACUGUAUCUAUAUUUUGUAUCUAUAGUUUCUUUUUUGACCGUUGUUUUAAAUUCCCCCUUUUCUUCUUCACACAUUUACUGUGUGUGUGUGUCUGGAGUUUGUAACUGAGCUUCAAGAUUCAUCAAAUUGAAAUACAGGCAACUUUCUGAUGUUCAGAUAGUCUGCAGAGAUCACAACUUAUAAACAUAUUUCCCAAACUCUUGAAGAUAAGCAUUUAGAUCUGGAUCCUAUCUAAGUGUGAGAUGCAAACAAAGAAAGUAGCUAUGGGAAGAAAUUCUUCUAAAGCUCCAGGGAAUCCUAAAGUUUCAAAAACUAAGAAGCAGGUUCCUGAAGAUGAUAAUAACCAAGAAAUCAAAGCAUCGCAGAUGAUUACGUCUUCCGCUAGAAAACAAAACCCUGCAGCACGCCGUACAAGAAAUAGCAAGGAGAAUGUUGAUGCAACAAAUUUAAAUGCUAGAAGUGAAAUAUCAGAUGGUGAUACCAAUGGCACUAUAUGUUCCGAGGAUGAUCCUUAUAUUGCUAUCAGCAACAUGCCUGUGGAAUCUGAGCAGGGAUGUAAUGUAACUGAGCCAUUCGUGAACGGAACCAUUUUUUCUCCCACCUUUCAUAUUUCGAGAUCUGCCGAAGGAGAAGUUGCAGAUGGAGAUGUAGGUUACAAUCUUUCAAGUGAGGUUUCAGCCAUAUACCAAUGCAUGAAAGACUCAAAGUUGGAAUGUGUCGACGAAGAUGAUCAUGAUCAUACAUCAUCUGAUGUUCAAAUGGAGGAUGAUGAAUGUGAAGAAUAUGAUGAAUUUGAUCCUUACUUCUUUAUAAAGAAUUUGCCAGAGUUAGCGGCCGUGGUUCCAACAUUUAGGCCUGUGCUACUACCCAAACAGACACGGAGUUGUCCUCCAACUACUCUAGUUUUAGACUUGGAUGAGACUUUGGUGCACUCCACACUCGAACAUUGUAAUGAUGCUGAUUUUACAUUCACUGUCAACUUUAACCGCGAGGAUCACAAGGUGUAUGUUCGUUGUCGUCCUUAUCUCAAAGAGUUUAUGGACAGGGUGGCUGGUCUUUUUGAGAUUAUUAUUUUUACUGCUAGUCAAAGCAUAUAUGCUGAACAGCUUCUGAAUGUGCUGGACCCAAAGAGAAAAGUAUUUAGGCAUCGUGUUUAUCGUGAGUCGUGUGUUUUCUUAGAAGGGAAUUACCUCAAAGAUCUAUCAGUUCUAGGCCGUGAUUUGGCACGUGUUGUGAUGAUUGAUAACUCUCCACAGGCAUUUGGAUUCCAAGUUGACAAUGGCAUACCAAUCGAGAGUUGGUAUGAUGACCGAUCCGAUCAAGAACUGCUUUCCAUAUUGCCAUUUUUAGAAAGCCUAAUUGGAGUGGAAGAUGUCCGUCCGAUAAUUGCAAAAAAAUAUAACCUCAAACAGAAAAUAGCGGCAGCAGUUUGUCCUGUAGCAGAAAUCCUUUGAAAGGUCAAGCAAGUACCGAGAAGAAUCGAUCUGCUUCAAACAUUAUGAAGACCUUGAACAAAUGUAAGAACAACUAAUAAUGAUGGAGGGUCGUUGUGUAGUUCAGUAUUUAAAAGGGGUUAUGCCUGUUUUUUUUUUUCUUUAAUAACUUUUAUUUGUUUUAGCUUUUGCAUCUCAUGUCAAUGAAUGACUUGUAGCUUUAGUCUUGUUUGGGAUGUGUUGAGUUAAUGGCUCAGAAUACAAUGUAUUUAAGUGGAUUUCUGAAUUUGUUAUACUUCUUUAAAAGUCA